UCACUGUCCCGUCGCCCGAUGACGUCAUCUGUCAGUCGUCUCUCACCGUGACGCCAUCGCCCCGCGCCGCCGGGCCGGGCCUGGCCUGGUGCCGGUGCUGGGUCAGGGGCUGCGGUUGGUGCCGGGCUGGGCCGGGCCGGGCCCGGUGCCGGGCUCGGGACUUGUGCCGGUGUCGGGCCGGUAGCCCCGGACGAUGCUGUUCUCCCUGCGCGAGCUCGUGCAGUGGCUCGGCUUUGCCACCUUCGAGAUCUUCCUGCACGGGCUGGCCCUGCUCGCCUUCUCCGUGCUGCUCGUGCUCAAGGUGGACGGCGCGGCCGCCGCGCUCUCCUGGUGGAUCGUGUUCGUGCCCUUCUUCGCCGCCGACGGGCUCAGCACCUACUUCACCACCAUCGUGUCCGUGCGGCUGUUCCAGGACGGCGAGAAGCGCCUGGCGGUGCUGCGGCUCUUCUGGAUCCUCACUAUCCUCAGCCUCAAGUUCGUGUUCGAGAUGCUGCUGUGCCAGAAGCUGGUGGAGCACACGCGGGAGCUCUGGUACGGGCUCAUCAUGUCGCCCGUCUUCAUCCUGCUUCAGCUGCUCAUGAUCCGGGCCUGCCGCGUGAACUGAGCCCCGGCCCGGGGGGACGCGCCCGGGGCUGCUCCCGUCCUGUCCCCGUGGAGGGGCAGGUGACAGGCCGGGACAGGGACAGUGCCGCGGCUCGCCGCUGUGCCGCAGAGCAUCACGUUCGUCCAAAAGCUGCACGUCCGUGUUUUGCCCCCUCAGCUCCUUGUCCUGUCCUGUGAGCGCGGCUGGGCGUGACAGUUAUUUUAUUUUAGAAUAAAAAUGCAUUGACGGAU